AUGUCGGUGGCUAGGAUUCAAAUACCACGGCCCUGUGUAUGGUUUCAGGAGCAGACAAAGAUUGAGGAGAAAUCAAAUCCAGGCUCUAAGGCUGAACUGUUUUAUCCCAAUCACGUAGACGAUAUAUUCAAUUUCGAGUCUAAGUACCAGGUAGUGGUGAAGCUUGGAUAUGGCACAGCUUCUAUGUGGCUCUGUCUGGAUUUGGUGGAAAACCUCCUUCUUACCCUCAAGGUUUGCAUCGCGGCGAAAGAUGCUCCUGCUAUGGAUAAUGAGCUAACCAUGUCUCAACACCUCGACGCAAUUGAUACUGACCAUCCUGGUGAAGAUUUAACGUUCAAAGUUCUGAAACCUGUUUCUUGA